CCCUAUUCGCCUGCUCAUUCUCCGACAACUCUAGCAAGCAGCAGCAGCAGCAGCCACUGUCUGCUUCAGGAGAUCAACCAAAUUCAACCAUGGCGCAAUCUCUGGAGCUUCUCUUGAUCCAGUUCCUCAUGCCCGACAACGACGCUCGUCGCCAAGCCGAGGAUCAGAUCAAACGCCUCGCCAAGGAUCCUCAGGUCGUCCCCGCCUUAGUCCAGCACCUCCGCACCGCCAAAACCCCCAACGUCCGCCAGCUCGCCGCCGUCCUCCUCCGUAAAAGAAUCACCGGACACUGGGCCAAGCUUUCUCCGCAGACGAAACAGGAAGUUAAACAGUCUUUAAUCGAAAGCAUCACCGUAGAGAAUAGUCCACCUGUGAGACGUGCUAGUGCCAAUGUUGUGAGUGUGGUAGCAAAGUACGCUGUUCCAGCUGGAGAGUGGCCUGACUUGUUAACGUUUCUCUUCCAGUGUAGUCAGAGUGCUCAAGAGGAUCACCGUGAAGUGGCGUUGAUCCUUUUCAGCUCUUUGACUGAAACUAUUGGGAACACGUUUAGGCCUUACUUUGCUGACUUGCAAGCUCUUCUUCUCAAGUGUAUGCAAGAUGAAAGCAGUAGUCGUGUCAGAGUUGCUGCUCUCAAGGCAGUUGGCUCUUUUCUUGAGUUCACCAGCGACGGGGAUGAUGUGGUCAAGUUCCGAGAUUUCAUCCCCAGCAUAUUGAACGUAGCGAGAAAAUGUAUUGCAUCUGGCGAGGAGGAUGUUGCUAUACUUGCUUUUGAGAUUUUUGAUGAGCUGAUUGAGUCUCCUGCUCCUCUUCUUGGUGAUUCUGUCAAAUCAAUCGUGCAGUUCUCUCUUGAAGUCUCAUGUAAUCAGACCCUUGAAAGUAGCACCCGCCACCAGGCAAUCCAAAUAGUUUCAUGGUUGGCCAAGUACAAAUACACUUCCCUUAAAAAACACAAGCUAGUCGUACCGAUUUUGCAAGUUAUGUGCCCCUUACUCGCCGAGUCAUCCGAUCAAGAAGACGAUGAUGAUGAUCUCGCUACCGACCGUGCAGCUGCUGAAGUUAUCGACACACUAGCUAUGAACCUCCCAAAGCAUGUCUUCCCCACUGUUUUCGAGUUUUCUUCCACUUAUUGUCAGAGUACGGAUCUGAAGUUUCGUGAAGCUUCUGUAACUGCUCUAGGUGUUAUAUCAGAGGGUUGCUACGAUCUUAUCAAAGAGAAGCUGGACAUUGUUCUGAAUAUAGUCUUGGGAGCUUUGAGAGACCCUGAGAAAAUGGUUCGAGGGGCUGCAUCGUUUUCACUAGGCCAAUUCGCAGAGUAUCUUCAGCCUGAGAUCCUGUCACAUUAUCAGAGUUUUCUUCCGUGUGUUCUGAAUGCGAUUGAAGAUACAUCUGAGGAAGUGAAGGAGAAGUCAUACUAUGCUUUAGCAGCAUUCUGUGAGAACAUGGGAGAGGAGAUUGUUUCUUACCUUGAUCCUUUAAUGGGGAAGCUCAUGGCAGCUCUCCAGAAUAGUCCGCGUAAUUUGCAAGAGACUUGCAUGUCGGCAAUUGGGUCGGUUGCUGCUGCUGCAGAGCAAGCAUUCAAUCCAUACGCUGGGAGGGUUUUAGAGUCGAUGAAGUAUUUCAUGGUGCUCACUAAUGACGAGGAUCUUCGUGCCCGUGCAAGGUCUACUGAGCUUGUAGGGAUUGUCGCAAUGUCUGUUGGGAGAGAAGGGAUGGAGGCCAUUUUGCCACCUUUCAUUGAUGCCGCAAUAUCAGGAUUUGGAUUGGAGUUCAGUGAGUUGCGAGAAUAUACUCAUGGAUUCUUCAGCAACAUAGCUGAAAUAUUGGAUGACACUUUUGCCCAGUAUUUACCUCGCGUUAUGCCGUUAGUAUUUACUUCGUGCAAUCUUGAUGAUGGGUCUGCGGUCAUCGUUGAUGAGUCAGACGAUGAAAAUGUGAACGAUUUUGGUGGGGUAUCCUCUGAUGAUGAAGCUCAUGAUGAGCCCAGGAUUCGGAACAUAAGCGUAAGAACAGGAGUUUUGGAUGAGAAGGCAGCUGCAACUCAAGCUCUUGGCCUGUUUGCACUCCACACUAAAUCAUCUUUUGCACCCUACCUGGAGGAAUCAUUGAAGAUCAUGGACAAACAUUCUGGAUAUUUUCAUGAAGAUGUUCGGCUUCAAGCAAUCACGGGUUUGAAACAUAUAUUGGCCGCAGCACAUGCCAUUUUCCAGACUCAUAAUGAUGGAAGUGGGAAGGCAAAUGAAAUUCUUGAUACCGUUAUGAAUAUAUAUAUCAAAACCAUGGCUGAAGAUGACGACAAGGAGGUUGUAGCUCAGGCUUGCUUGAGCAUUGCAGAUAUCAUGAAGGAUUAUGGUUACGUAGCCAUUCAAAACUAUUUACCAGCCCUUGUUGAUGCGACAUUGCUGCUGCUGAGGGAGAAAGCAGCUUGCCAGCAGGUAGAAGAUGAGAGUGAUGACGAUGAUGAUGAUGCUGGACAUGAUGAAGUUCUCAUGGAUGCAGUUUCCGACCUCCUCCCGGCCUUUGCAAAGUGUAUGGGGUCUCAUUUUGAGCCCGUCUUUGCAAAUUUCUUCGAACCGUUGAUGAAAUUCGCAAAAGCUUCACGUCCUCCACAGGAUAGGACGAUGGUAGUUGCCAGUCUUGCUGAAGUUGCUCAAGACAUGGGUGCUCCAAUCGCUGCCUAUGUUGAUAGGGUAAUGCCCUUGGUGCUCAAAGAACUGGGGUCACGUCAUGCAACCAAUAGAAGGAAUGCAGCUUUCUGUGUCGGAGAGCUAUGCAAAAACGGGGGUGAAACUGCUCUUAAAUAUUUUAAUGAUGUGCUACGUGGAAUUUACCCGCUUUUCGGGGAGUCAGAGACAGACCUUGGUGUUAGGGAUAAUGCAGCAGGUGCAACCGCAAGGAUGAUUGUUGUUCAUCCUCAGUUAGUCCCACUAAAUCAAGUACUUCCAGUGUUGCUAAAAUGUCUACCUCUAAAGGAAGACCAAGAGGAGUCCAUGGCUGUAUACAGCUGUAUAUAUUCACUUGUUUUGGCAUCCAAUCCACAGAUCGUGUCACAUGUUCCGGACCUGGUUAAAAUCUUUGGGCAAGUAGUGGAGUCGCCAGUGGAGAAAGCUGAAGUGAAAGCAAUUGUAGGGAGAACUUUCUCCCACCUGAUAUCGGUUUAUGGCGAUCAGCUGCAUCCAUUAAUAAGUGGUCUACCUCCUUCUCAAGCUAACGCUCUUGCUGCGUUUGCUUCUAGUAGCUGAUCAUCUUUCUCUUGUGAACUAUAUAUACUGUCCCUCAAAAGCUGAAAACUGUCUUCAGGUAUUUUUUGUUUUUGUUUUUGUUUUUUUGACAUCUAUUCUUGCUCAUUUGAGCCCUCAUAUCUUUGGUUUUAGAUAUCCGGAUUAGCAUUUGGGGAAGAGGGGGUGUUUUGCUCUAUGUUGUUUUCUCUAGAGUUUUGUCCUCAAUUGUUCAUCUCAUUUCUCCAUUUAUUUGUAAUUUUUUUUAAAGCUUGCAAGUUAUUUGAGUUGGGGAUGGGUAAAAUUGUUACUGUAUUUUACCCUUCAUAUGUUUCUUUUACAAUAUUGUAUUGUGGCCUUUAUAAAUGUUUUGGUAGAGUAUACAUUGCUCAUUAGCAGUAAAUACAAUGUUGUUUCGAAUA